CUCUCUAUUUUUCUGUGCAGAGCACCUUAAGGUGGCCCUGGAGGAUUACCUGAUGAGAAUCCCCAAGGUUCGCAUCCUGAGGACUAAAAAGAGGGAGGGUCUGAUCAGGACUCGGCUGCUGGGAGCCACCGCCGCUAAAGGGGAGGUCAUCACCUUCCUGGACUCUCACUGCGAAGCCAACGUCAACUGGCUGCCCCCUCUGUUGGACCGAAUUGCCCAGAACCGGAAGACCAUUGUCUGUCCCAUGAUAGAUGUCAUCGAUCACGACCACUUCGGGUACGACACACAGGCGGGAGACGCCAUGCGAGGGGCCUUUGAUUGGGAAAUGUACUACAAACGGAUCCCCAUCCCUCCUGAGAUGAAGAGGAAUGACCCUACUGAGCCGUUUGAAUCUCCAGUGAUGGCAGGCGGAUUGUUUGCUGUGGACAGGAAGUGGUUCUGGGAACUGGGAGGAUACGACACGGGGCUGGAAAUAUGGGGAGGAGAACAGUAUGAGAUCUCAUUCAAGGUGUGGAUGUGCGGUGGCCGGAUGGAGGACAUCCCGUGCUCCAGGGUGGGGCAUAUCUACAGAAAAUACGUCCCCUACAAGAUUCCCGGCGGGAUCAGCUUGGCAAAGAACCUCAAACGCGUGGCAGAGGUAUGGAUGGACGAGUAUGCGGAAUAUGUCUACCAGCAUCGGCCCGAGUACCGCCACCUUUCGGCAGGCGACAUGACGGCACAGAAGGAGCUGCGGAGCCGACUGAGCUGCAAGAACUUUCGGUGGUUCAUGAGCGAGGUGGCCUGGGAUCUGCCGAGACAUUACCCACCAGUGGAGCCCCCUGCUGCUGCAUGGGGGGAGAUAAGAAAUGUGGGCAGCGGGAUGUGUAUGGAGAUCAAACAUUUUGUCUCUGGGAGCCCCAUCCGCCUGGAGAGCUGUGUGAAAAGCAGAGGAGAAGUCAGCUGGAGCCACGGACAGGUGUUGACGUUUGGUUGGAGGGAAGAUAUCCGUGUGGGUGAACCCAAUCACACGAGGAAGGUCUGCUUUGAUGCCGUCUCGCACAACAGCCCCGUUACUCUCUAUGACUGCCAUGGCAUGAAGGGGAAUCAGCUUUGGCGAUACAGAAAGGAUAAGAGUCUAUACCAUCCAGUCAGUAACAGCUGCAUCGACAGCAGUACCAGCGAGCGUCGAGUCUUCAUGAACACGUGCGACCCCACCUCUCUGAGCCAGCAGUGGCUGUUUGAGCGAACCAAUGCCACCGUGCUGGAGCACUUCAACCGGGGCAGCGACUGAAGUCAUGGAGCAGCGAGACGAGACAUCUUCCAAGGAGAAGAUCAUCAACGGUGAUCGGCUUUGUUCAAAUAAGACUGGAAGUUCCAAGACAGAAGUUUGCUGCUUCCCGAUCUUUUCCCGUGGUACAGCAGAGAUCCAGCGCCCUGGCUGACAGCUGAAGCGUUGUUCAGACCAAACGCCUCGACACCCAGAAUCCAAUCAUACAGCUCAAGCUUGUGAUGUGGAAGGAGGGUGGGAGGACCGCAGCGAGAUCUGUUUGACCUGCGGGAAACCUGAAAAGCUUUCAGAGACUUUCAAAGACAGCAAACAUUUGCUGAGAGGCACACUCCUUUCAUUAACAGAGUGCAUCUGUCUGCACAGACUGGUGAAUCUGAGGGGUGAUUUGUUCUUUUGCAUUCUUCCGUCUUGUAUUUUUCUAUUGUUGGCAUGUUUUGUCAUUCAUGGUGCUAAACAGCUUUUAAAGCAGAAACUGAAAAAUUGAUUCCCUCCUGCCCAGUGAAUUAACACAUCCUUUUUUAAAGGAGCGACAUGUUUUUUUUUUUUCAUCUCUACAGUAGAAAUGUAGUUGUUUUCUA